GUACUUUAGCCUCUUCCUUCCAUUUACUAGCAUACAAGUACCCCUUUAGCUAGCACAGAUUUCUAAUUUUCGAAAUUUCUGUUGAUUGCACUAAUUGAAAUACAGCAGAAAUGUUUAUAUUAGUAAUAUCUCCAUAAAGACUCUUAGCGAAAUCCUGGAGGGUAUAAAAUAAAGAGCUAUAAGCUUUAUUUAGUUAUUCAUUUAACUUGUUUGCUACCGUUAGCUGAGCUAACCGCAGCUAGCUUCAAUGGCAGCUCCCAAUAUUAUUGCCUCGACUCCUGCAUUAAGUCAAAAGCAGCGUAGAUUGGCUCAGAGGAAGGAGAGAAGAAGACGGAAACGACAAGCUGUUGCUCAAGCCAGAAAAUGUGAAUUGGAAGCUGAUAUUGGAGAAGAAGAGGAAGAGAAUGAUGAAGACGAGGCUGUUGACGAGGAAAGUCAGCGGCAACAUGAAGAGUGGCUGGAAAGAGAGAGACUGGCUCAGGAAGAAUUCAGGCAGAGGAGAGAGCGGGAGGAAGCUGCGAAGAAGAAGAAAGAGGAGGAGGAGCAAAUGAUAAAGGAGGAAUGGGAAGCCCAGCAGAGGAGAGAAGAGGAGGAAAAGGAGCAGAGGCUGCAGGAGAAGCGAGACAGAGAGGAGGCCGUCCAGAAGAGGUUGGAUGAAGCUGAGAAUCAGCUGGAUAAUGGAGGACCGUGGAUGAAUCCCGAGGCUCCUGUAGCACCGAGCUCAGGAACAGAGCGCAACAUAGCCAACUGUCCUUUCUUCAUUAAGACCGGAGCGUGCCGAUUUGGAGACAGAUGUUCCCGGAAACACGACUAUCCGACUUCCAGCCCGACUCUGCUGAUCCGAGGGAUGUUUAAGACUUUCGGAAUGGAUGAAUCCCGGCGGGAUGAUUAUGACAUGGAUGCUUGUUUGGAGCACAGCGAGGAGGAGCUGCUGGAGUUGUUCACUGAAUUUUAUCACGACGUUCUGCCUGAGUUCAAGAAUAUCGGCAAAGUUGUGCAAUUCAAGGUCUGCUGCAAUCAUGAACCACAUCUGAGAGGGAAUGUUUACGUACAGUUUGACACUGAGGAGCUGUGCAGCGAGGCCUUCAUGAAGUUCAAUGGGAGGUGGUAUGCAGGUCGCCAGCUUCAGUGCGAGAUGUGUCCUGUUACACGCUGGAAGAGUGCCAUAUGUGGGCUCUUUGACAGGCAGAAGUGCCCUAAAGGCAAAAACUGCAACUUUUUGCAUGUAUUUCGAAACCCGGGCAAUGAAUUCUGGGAAGCUGAUAGAGACCUUCAGAUCUCCCCCGACCGAAGUGCCAGGGGAAGCCGCAGAGACGAGUGGCAUUCAGAGCGCUACGGAGAGCGAUCGUGGAGGCAACGUCGGAGCAGCCGCAGCCCAGUGAGAUCAGAGAGAUCUCACAGGAGGUGGGAGGACGACAGAGAGAGGAGGACCUCUCACCAGCGUGGAGAAGGCACGUCUAAAUCCCGACAAAGCGACAGGAGGACAGACAGACAUCGGAGCAGGAGUAGAGAAAGGGAGAAUAAAUACAGAGAUACGGGUUCUAGAAGAGACACGAGAGAGAGAUCAAGAAGCACAAGUAGAGAAAAGAAAAGACGGAAACAAAGCAGAGAAAGAAGUCCUAAGGUAGAAGCCAAAAGUCUCUCUGAUGGUACAAAAACCAACAGUCACAAACGCUCUAAAAAAAGCAAGAAGAGCAAAAAGAAACACAAAAAGAAAAGGCACCACUCUGACAAAACCCACUCCUCCACAGAGUCAGAAACCGAGAAAGAGUCAGAGGAUAAGACUUGGGAUAAUUCUUCAAUAGCCAGUCCCAGUGGAAACCUAAAAGAAGAGGAAACUGCUGAAGGGAAUCAUUUAAGCUCAGAGGUGAAAACUGAGGCCACUCCUGAAAUCCAGAGUGAGCUGACGGCAAACGGGGACAUUUGAUCCUUAUUCCUUCUUUUCUUCUAUUCUGUUUGCUUCAGCAUAUGGAGCAUAAUACCAUCUUACACUCUGAAUGUUAAGAUUAAUUAAAAAUGUUUACGUCUAUUUUAUAUCAAAGUAUUUCAGGUGCAGCCUUUCAACAAAUUUA